AUGCUGCCUCGUCUCAGCCUUCCUAGCCGUGCUUUCAGCGUUACUCCUAGGUUCUAUAACGAUGCGCAGCCUAUCUAUCAUGGUGGAGAGUUCUUGAAAACGUUACCUCAGUUCAAACCGCAAUUGGUCGAUGUGAGCAAGGUUUUGGUGAUUGGAUCUGGAGGUUUGUCCAUUGGUCAGGCUGGUGAGUUUGACUACUCGGGUUCCCAGGCCAUCAAGGCGUUGAAGGAAGCCAAUAAGAAGUCUAUCUUGAUCAACCCUAAUAUCGCUACUAACCAGACAUCCCACGCUUUGGCUGACGAAAUAUAUUAUCUUCCUGUUACUGCUGAAUAUAUUACAUACAUCAUCGAACGUGAACAACCUGACGGUAUUUUGUUGACGUUUGGUGGUCAGACUGGUCUUAACGUUGGUGUGCAAUUGGAUAAGAUGGGUGUGUUUGAACGUUACGGCGUCAAGGUCUUGGGUACGCCAAUUAAGACGCUUGAGACUUCUGAAGACCGUGACCUUUUUGCUCUGGCCUUGAAGGAGAUUGAUAUCCCAAUUGCUGAAUCUAUCGCUGUUGAAUCUGUUGAUGAUGCUUUGGAUGCUGCCAAAAGCAUUGGGUACCCUAUCAUUGUGCGUUCCGCUUACUCCUUGGGUGGUUUGGGCUCUGGUUUUGCUGCCAACGAACAAGAGCUUCGUGACCUUUCCUCCAGAUCCUUGUCUUUGGCUCCACAGAUUCUUGUGGAGAAGUCUUUGAAGGGCUGGAAGGAAGUUGAAUACGAGGUUGUUAGAGACAGAGAAGGUAACUGUAUUACCGUGUGUAACAUGGAGAACUUUGACCCAUUGGGUAUCCACACUGGUGACUCCAUUGUCGUUGCUCCAUCCCAGACGCUUUCCGAUACUGAGUACCAUAUGUUGAGAUCUGCUGCUAUUAAGAUUAUUCGUCACUUGGGUGUUGUUGGUGAAUGUAACGUUCAGUACGCUUUGCAGCCAGAUGGAUUAGACUAUAGAGUCAUUGAAGUCAAUGCUCGUUUGUCUCGUUCUUCUGCUUUGGCUUCCAAGGCUACUGGUUACCCAUUGGCAUACACUGCUGCUAAGAUCGCCUUGGGCCACACUUUGCCUGAAUUGCCAAACCCUGUCACCAAGACCACUACCGCCAACUUCGAGCCUUCUUUGGAUUACAUUGUCACCAAGAUCCCUCGUUGGGACUUGUCUAAAUUCCAGCACGUCAAGAGAGAUAUUGGUUCUGCCAUGAAGUCUGUGGGUGAAGUCAUGGCCAUUGGUCGUAACUUUGAAGAGUCUUUCCAGAAAGCUAUUAGACAAAUCGAUCCUUCUUACAUUGGCUUGCAGGGCGACCACUUUGAGAACUUGGACGACGCUUUGGCUAACCCUACUGAUAGAAGAUGGUUGGCUGUGGGCCAGGCUUUGCUUCACGAAGACUAUACCGUUGACCGGGUGCACGAUCUUACAAAGAUUGAUAAAUGGUUUUUGUAUAAGAUCAUGAACAUUGUCAGAAUGUACCGUGAAUUGGAGUCUGUGGGCGACUUGGGCCGUGUGAACCAUGACUUGAUGCAAAGAGCUAAGAAGUUGGGUUUCUCUGAUAAGCAAAUUUCCUUGUGUGUGAAUGCUACUGAACUCGAAGUCAGAGGCGUCAGAAAGCUGUUUGGAAUUACUCCAUACGUCAAGAAAAUUGACACCUUGGCUGCUGAGUUCCCUGCUAACACCAACUACUUGUACACUACCUAUAACGCUACUUCGAACGAUAUUGACUUCAAGGAUAACGGUACUUUGGUCUUGGGAUCUGGUGUUUACAGAAUUGGUUCUUCUGUGGAGUUCGACUGGUGUGCUGUUGCUACUGCCAGAGCCUUGAGAGAGCUGGGCCACAAGACUGUCAUGAUCAACUAUAACCCAGAAACCGUUUCCACUGAUUUCGAUGAGGUCGACAGACUUUACUUUGAGGAGCUUUCCUUGGAGCGUGUUUUGGAUAUUUACGAAUUGGAGACUGCCCAGGGCGUUGUUGUCAGUGUUGGUGGCCAGUUGCCUCAGAACAUUGCCUUGACUUUGCAAAAGCAGGGCUGUAACGUUUUGGGUACUAACCCUGAAGAUAUCGACAAGGCUGAAGACAGACACAAGUUCUCCCAGAUCUUGGACUCUAUUGGCGUUGACCAGCCUCAGUGGAAGGAAUUGACCUCUAUUGAGGAAGCUGAACGUUUUGCUGAUGAAGUCGGCUACCCAGUUCUUGUUAGACCAUCUUACGUUUUGUCUGGUGCUGCCAUGUCUGUUAUCAACUCUAAGAAUGAGUUGGAUGCUAAGUUGAGCAACGCUUCUAAGGUUUCUAGAGACCACCCAGUUGUUAUUUCCAAGUUCGUCCAAGGCGCUCAGGAAAUCGAUAUCGAUGGUGUUGCUCAUGACGGUAAGGUUUUGGUUCACGCUGUUUCUGAGCACGUUGAGAACGCUGGUGUCCAUUCUGGUGAUGCUACGCUUGUGUUGCCUCCACAGAGCUUGUCUCCAGUUAUUUUGCAGCGUCUUAAGACUAUCGCUGAUAAGGUUGCCGAAGCAUGGAAGAUCACUGGUCCUUUCAACAUGCAAGUUAUCUACGACACCAAGGACGGAAAGCUUAACGACGACGACUCCCACUUGAAGGUUAUCGAAUGUAACAUUCGUGCUUCCAGAUCUUUCCCAUUUGUUUCCAAGGUUUUGGGUACAAACUUCAUUGAAGUCGCUGCCAAGGCUCUUCUUAGUGAAAACGUUCCUGCUCCAGUGGACUUGAUGGCCCAGAAGUACGACAGAGUUGCUACCAAGGUUCCACAGUUUUCAUUUACCAGAUUGGCUGGUGCUGACCCAUUCUUGGGUGUUGAAAUGGCCUCUACUGGUGAAAUCGCUUGUUUCGGCCACAACUUGCUUGAAGCUUACUGGACUUCCAUUCAGUCCACCAUGAACUUCCAUGUUCCAUUCCCAGGUACCGGUAUUUUGUUUGGAGGUGAUUUAACCAACGACAAAUUGGGUAAGGUUGCCGAGACGGUCUCUGGCUUGGGCUACAACUUCUACUCUGCUUCUGACGAAGUUGCCCAGUACUUGGCUCAGUACGUUUCAGAGCCUGUGGAAGUGAUUGACUUCCCAAAGACAGACAAGAGAGCAUUGAGAGAAAUCUUUGGCGACAAGAAGAUCAGUGCUGUGUUCAACUUGGCCCGUGCUAGAGCUGAGAACUUGUUGGACCAGGACUAUGUGAUGAGAAGAAACGCCAUUGAUUUCGCCAUUCCAUUGUUCAACGAACCAAACACAUCGUUGUUGUUUGCUGAGUGCUUGAAGGCCAAGAUAGGCGACAAGACGAAAUUCGACACCAUCCCAUCGGCGGUGACGAUCCCAGAGGAAGUCCAGAGAUGGAGCGAGUUCCUUGGCGGCAAGCCAGUGUAA